UAGGGGGGGGUGGUGGUGGCUACCCCGGCCUGUGAUUGGACGAGGACCUGCCACGUGCACAUUUCUCCACUGUGCCCUGAGCCUCCUCGGUCACAUUUGGUUCGGCUGUGACAGCUCCUGCUCCGCGGAGGCGCCUCUCAGGUUUCAGCUGCAGCUGCCCAGUGACCUUCUGCAGUGUAACCUCUUUAUGCAUUAGGUCCUGGACUCUUUUCUUUUAAACCACCGCGAUGGAUUUAAGCUCGUUUGACAUCGACGCUCCACAAUGGGAUCAGUCUACAUUUAUGGGCCGACUGAAAUACUUCUUCAACGUCACCGACUGUCGAACAGCGCUGCUACCUGACUCGCGAUUGGACGAAGCAAAAGCUCUCGUAGAAAGCUGCAGGGCAGGAUCCAUCCCCCCUGGCACGACUGAGGAGCAGCUCCACUAUGCUAAGAAGCUGUACGACUCGGCCUUCCACCCAGACACAGGAGACCGCAUGAACCUCAUUGGCCGCAUGUCCUUCCAGGUGCCCGGAGGCAUGGCCAUCACCGGCUGCAUGCUGCAGUUCUACAGGACAGUUCCUGCUGUGGUGUUCUGGCAGUGGGUGAAUCAGUCUUUUAACGCUCUGGUCAACUACACCAACCGCAACGCUGCUUCCCCAAUCACUCCCAAGCAGAUUGGAGUAGCCUACAUCACAGCGACCAGCACGGCGUUGGCCACAGCAGUCGGACUCAACCUCUACACAAAGAAAGCUCCUCCUCUUGUGGCUCGCUGGGUUCCCUUUGCAGCGGUGGCAGCAGCCAACUGUGUUAAUAUUCCUAUGAUGAGGCAACAGGAAAUUCUAAAUGGCAUCGCUGUCACAGAUGAAAAUGGGAACAAACUGGGGCAGUCUACGAAAGCUGCAGUAAAAGGCAUCACGCAGGUGGUCAUCUCUCGGAUCACCAUGGCUGCACCAGGAAUGAUUAUUCUCCCCAUCAUCAUGCAGAGGAUGGAAAAGUACAAGUUCAUGCAGAGAAUCACGUACCUCCACGGACCAAUUCAAGUGAUGCUGGUGGGCGUGUUUUUAAUCUUCAUGGUGCCGGCCGCCUGCUCCCUGUUUCCUCAGAGAUGCUCCAUGGCCGUGUCGAAGCUGGAGCCGGAGCUGAGAGACUCCAUCGUGUCUCAAUACGGAGACAAAGUACAACGGGUCUACUUCAACAAAGGCCUCUGAGGCUGAGAGCGCUGAUCACUGUUAUCUACACACAAGACCGGAUACAUGCUGUUUGUGUCGUUUGUCUUCAUUUUUAUUAAAUGACGCUGAUUAACUUCGACGUCCUCAAAUCGGUGCUCAUCUGUGGGAUUUUGGUUCAAUCAUAUAUUUCUUCAGAGUCUUAAUGAUUUCUGUUUUCUUACAUCACGCAUGGCGGAUGAAUGGGGCACAGUGAACUCCUGCUGAGAAACCAAAUGAUCUCGUCCUCUCAGGAACAGCACAUUGCUCUUCCAGAUUAACAUCCCUGUGUUGGUUUGUCUUUCAUGGACUCGUCUGUGGUUUUCUUUACCUCUUCAGUGUGUUGUUCUCUUUCCUGUCAACCCUCCUUACAGUCUGUGCCUUCCACGAAGUGGCAGAAGCAACAAUGCUGCUGGACUUUUUUUUUUUUUUAAAAACCUAUCAGCUUUACUGUGGAACCAAACUGUUCCUCUAUGCAUAGCUUUAGUCUGAAACGGUUUUGAUUUAAGGUGGAUGCUGCCCUCUGCUGACUUGUUUGCAUGAUUUAUCUUUGAGAGUUUUGCCAGUUGGAUCAUUUCACUUUGUAACCUUUGAUUAAACUGGAAUAAAACCACACAAAUAUUUGGAUUACA